GAGAAGAUGAUAUAAGUAUCCAUGCAGUACACUCAUCUACUUUUAGGACAGGAAGUUGUCCCUGAUGGAAAGACUUGCUUCUCAUGGCUUUCAAGAGGGCACUUUACUGUGGUCUUGUGAACGUUUUAAAAAGAAGGGCCAGUUAAUUCGAAUUAAAAAGCAAGACCAUUCAAAUGCACAUUUCGAGAAAGCCUUCGUGUAAUCAUGAGUCACCUCCACGAGAUGCUUUCACGUCCACAGCUGCACAUUGGGUUCUGCUAUGUGAAAUUCCCAUUAUUUGGUGCACCGUGCAGGGAUGGCAAAUGCAAGUCAUUUCUGGAAUAAACUGGAGAAGUCAAGUUUCCGAGGUUGGGUCCCUUCUUUUUUUCUCUGUGCUUUUCUCUUUCUCAACUCUUUUCUCCUCUUUUCUUCUCCUUUGACUACCAGCACGUGUAUCUUUGCGACCCGCAAGCUCGCCCUCUCCAUGUGCUGCACACGUGUGGCCACAGACCUGGAGGUUAGUCGCCCCAACAUCCGCUCAAUCCGCAAAUCUGUUCUGUCAGUGUCACUGAAUAACUGGGCACUGUAACAUUUAGCUUUGCGAUCGCCUACAUUUAAGUUAAUGCGGUCGGCGGGGUUCACUUGGGUGCUGGCUGGGCAUUGACAGCAAACGCGAACGAGAAGUCUUAAGAGAGCGAUGACCACUUGUUCUUCACGCCGAUCUGCCAAAGCUGCUGUAACGAUCUCGUUUUAUGAAAUUUUUGACCCCCGAUACACAAUUAGCAGUAAUGUAAUUGUUUAUCGCUUCCACGCGGUGCUAGCUGUUCAGGAUUUACCACUGCGCCGCUGAGGGGGGCUUUGCGCGUGCACGUAUGUGUGUAAGUGUGCGCGCGAGCUCGCGAGCGGAGGAGUUUGUGAGCCCCGUGACACUAACAGGACUGCGUGUGUCUCCUCCUCGUCUUCUUCUUCUUCUUGUUAGCUUUUAGUUAUCCUUCAUAUGAGCUCAGCUAUUAGAAUGAGCUCCCGCCUGACAGGACUAUAACUGAUCCGAACAAAAAGAAGCCCCCUAAAUACUGGAGACAGGGGUCUCAGUGCUGUGACGAAAUAGAAGAUGCAGCGCAAGUAAAUCCCGAUACACCUUUUAUAUUAGGCUUUUUCUCUUUUCUUCAAAGGACAAGUACAGCGGCGAAGUUGUAUUUCUUGGAAGGUUUUUGUUGAGGAAGCCGUUCAUCAGUUGAAUGUGAGCAUCAGCGCAACCCACGGGCUCGAUGAAGGUUGAUUCAUCUCUGGACAUGUGCCGCCCUUACCCGAUCGUUGUUCUCCUCGGCGUAGCGACACUCCUGGCUCGUGUCCUCCUGGCACACGAAUGCUCACCUUGUGAAACCCGGACGUGCCCUCCGCUAACUUCGCUUGGCUGCCUGGCUGGUCGCUCCUUGGCACGGGACCCGUGCGGAUGCUGCGAGCGCUGCGCCGGGCUGCAGGGGGAGUCGUGCGGAGGCAAGGACUGGGAGGUCGGGAUUUGCGAGGAGGGACUGAACUGUGAAACGGCUGAUGGGACUGGACUGAUCAAGCCGCCUGAUCGAGGACUGUGCAAAGGUAAGCUGAAUUGUUCUGAUGUCAAGUGUCCUGAUCAGCUAAAAGCUGACUGCCCAGCAGACUCUAUUCUUAGGCAGGAUUUAGUCUCAGAGAACAGCUGCUGCCCAAUAGCCUCUCAGCGAUGUGUGUGUGACCAAGAGGCAUGCGUGAAGAAGACCUGUCCGGAAGGAUUCCUUUUGAUUCUGGUGUCUCAAGGCAAAGGAACACCUGGAGAAUGCUGCGAUGUUUAUGAGUGUCAGAGAGUAUCCACCAAGUGUUUUCAUGACGGGAAAGUAUAUGGAGACAGGGAAGUUUACCGAAUGGACACAUGCUGGUUGUGCCAGUGUCGACAGGGAAUAUCGUUCUGCUCCAAGGUGGAGUGUGCGGAGUUGGAGUGUGACAGCUUCUACAUCCCAGAUGGAGAGUGUUGUGCAGUCUGUAAAGAUAUGGAACUCCUUCAUCUUGGCAGUGGAGGUGCCAGUUGCUGGGCAGGCAACACCCUCCGACAGCAUGAAGAGCAGUGGAAGGAGGACGAUUGUACCUUCUGCCAGUGUGUCAAUGGUGACCCUCACUGUACUGCCAUGUCCUGCAAACAGAGCUGCCAGAAUCCGGUGAAGAUUCCUGGAGAAUGCUGUCCUUUCUGUGAAGAGCCUACGUAUCAAACGGUCAGCCCAGUCCUAUGUCCGAAAUUGGAGAACUGCUCUCUUUCUGAGAAAGACUGCCCAUUUGGUUUUGUUCAGGACAGAAAUGGUUGUCUUCUGUGUCACUGUCUAUCAAAUGACUCUUGUCCUGAUUUGACUACCUACUGCUCGCUUCAGUGCCCCACUGGCUAUGAGGUUGACGACUAUGGCUGUCAAGUUUGUGAAUGUGUAUCGCAGAUCCCGAAGUGCAGGCCAAUCUCUUGUGGUAAAACCUGCCCUCAUGGAUAUGUAAAGAACAAACACGGCUGUGAGAUGUGCCGUUGUGUGAAAUGUCCUCCGUUCAUCUGCGGCAAGGAAUGUCCAGAGGGCUACAAGCAGAAUAGAAAAGGCUGCUUUGUCUGUGCCUGUAAAGAGACUGAUGAAGUCCUAACAACAACACCACCAUUAGCUCCAAAGAUCAGCUACUGCCUGACUACAUCAGGCCAUCGCUACAAAGAAGGAGAGAGCUGGCAUGACGGCUGCCGGGACUGCUACUGCCAUGCUGGUCAUGAGAUGUGUGUACUGAUUACCUGUCUGGUCCCAAACUGCUCUCAUCCUGUGGUUCGAGAUGAACAGUGCUGUCCAAGCUGUGAAGAUGACUCUGGAAGUGGGCAGCCUGAACCCCCUGAUCUGGUGGUGUGUAGAGCACCUGGUGGGGAACUGUACGUGGAAGGAGAGACUUGGCAGUUGGACACUUGCACUCGCUGCACGUGCCGCCAGGGUCGGGUUCUGUGUGACACUGAGGUGUGCCCGCCAGUGUUGUGUCACUCACCUUUCAAAGCUCAGACUGCAUGUUGUUAUGCCUGCCCAGAUGACCAACUGAAGCUGCUACCCAUCAACGCCAGCCAGCAGGAGUUCUGCGUGUCCACUAAUGGGGAAAUCUCAUUGGCUGGAGAGUCAUGGAAAGAGAAUCCGUGCACAAGCUGCAUCUGUAAUAAAGGAACCAUCAGGUGCUUCUCACAAGGAUGCCCUCAAGCAUUCUGCCGCAUCCCAGUCUUGAGGAAAGGACAGUGUUGUCCUCAGUGCUUAGAUGGCACCACCACGGUCAUCCCAGUGAUACUCUCCACGCGGUCCUCGACCCUUGAGACAUCCUAUGUUGAUGAACAAACCCAGAGGCUGCCUACUACUGAACCUCACACCACAGUUUCCAGUACAGAUGUGAAGGUUCUUCAUGAAGACUAUCCCAUCCAGACAGAAAUGGCUUUGAUUUACCAGUCAGCUGCGUGGGUUUUGGCCGGGAUAUUACUGGCUAUUGUCAUAUUCCUCAGUUCAGCCAUUCUAUUGAACAAAAAGAAGAAUGGGAUUCAAAUGCCAUGCUAUGGCGCACCGAAAAAGACAGUAAUACUGAAAAAACACGUCACCAAGAACUCAGUGGUCUAUAUGGAGCCUUCCAGUGAAGAUGCCUUCCAGAGCAUUCGAAACGGAUGCACGCUCGGCUUGGCCAAAGACCUCAGCUCUCCUGGCAGGGAUAGGUACGGCAGCAAGCAAAACUCCCCCCUGGAUUAGAGUGGCGUUGGGCCUACAGCACAAUCUGCAUUGUCCUCUGUCCACUAAACACACACUGUCUUUCCAUCAAACUUUUGGUAAAAGGAUUUGGGGGAGCCUUCUUGCUGGUGGCUGCUCCCGCCAUAUUUUGUAUUUCCAAGUGCCUUUUGAGGAGAAUCAUUUAAAGUAGCACAAAGGAUGUGCCCACAGUGGGUGGGUAAAGCUGGGUAAAGGUACCAUCAGAGCAAAGGCUGCAGCAAUUGGGAUGAAGACGCCAGCGCUGCUAUGCCAGACAAGUUUCAAGGUGAUGCUGAGCCAAUACUCUGUAUAGCCGGACAGUCUUAAAGUGAGAUUUACACAGAAAAAGUAUUAUAAGGUUUUUUUUAUGUUUCAUUUUUUUAUUGUUUAAAGUGUGCUUUUGGCUGUUCUUAGUACAAUCGUUCUAAAUCUGUGAAAUGUUCUGUUUGCUACUUCAUAACAGAUGUGGCUUGAUGUUGAAGAGCUCUUAAACUUAACAUGAAAUGCAUGGGCUGCUCACUUUGGGCUUAAUGUAGUAGGUGAGGGCUUUAUUAACAACUAGAGCACCCCCUGUGUUCACCGAGAACAAUGACCUAUCAUAUCUAAUUUCUCUCUCUUCUGAAUGAAGUUCUUCUGUCACUUUAAAAUGCUGUGAACUUUUGGGUUGUUUAGGUGAGUUCGUUUAUUUCUUUAAGGAUAGAAAAGGCCAAGAAAACAAGUGCAACAAAAGAUAAGCUGUAGGUUGGAUUCUACAGCACCGUCGUCCUUCCUGCCACCUCAGUUUUAAAAUCCCCAUGAAGAAAAUGAAAGUCUCUCUGGACUUUGCUUUUAGACUGGCAUCCUAUUCGGGGCUGCCAGGCUAGAAUGCACCCUUGAUUGGAUUGAGAACGUUAGUCCUAAAUGUCUUAUUUGGUUUAACUAUUCAUAGUUGAGGUUGGUUAGAGGCUUGUUCAUAGUGUCAAAGCCUGUAAAAAAUAAGAAUUCAGUGAAAGGAUCUUUAAAGCGAUAUUAUAAUUCAUAUUCUUCAUCUUCAUCAUUUGAGCAAUGGGAGCAGAGCAGGUGUGAGCCUUGGGUGGGCUCCAUUUAUUGACCAGGGUGUGAACCCCUACCUCUUCCAUUCAGAUUUGCUCUUCACAUCCCACACCUAAUUAGUCAUCAAGUGCAGCCCCAGUUGUGGUGUCAUAUGAGCAAAACCUGCAGAGCUGUAACAUCGUGCCUGCUUCACCCAAAAACGAUUGUUUGUUUAUCUGUUACUUGCUGAUCUUCAGUUGAAAAGUUCCAUCUUGUAUUGCCACACUUCCCGAGGUGAUUUUACAGAAGUGGUUAAUUUAAUAAUAUUUCCGUUAAAAUACAUGUGUUAGUGAUAUGGUGAGCAUAUGACUGGAUACCCGACAUGUCAAGCAAUGAGGUUCUUUCAUGGACAUUUUUGUUAUGAUGCGAUUUCAUUAUAAGUUUAUUUUUUUUAUUUUUUCUUGGACAUUUUUGAUACAUUUAAGGAUUUUGAAGGUUUGCUAAAUCUUAUUUUGAUCACAUUUUAUUUGUAAAAAUGUUUUAUUAAAGAUGGUAAAAUAUGUUAACGUCUUUCCAUAACACCAUUUUGUUUUCUGUAGGCGCCAUUACUUUAGGUUUAUUUUAUGUACUGUUGCUAGCUACGUUGCUAUAUGGGGCAACCGGAGUUCCCAACCAAUGAUGCUAUGGGUUAGAGGGUAUGAAGUUCAGCUCAAAGACUUUAUGGUCAUCCAAAUUCUGGAUAAAAGUCUUUAGCAGCAAGUGCAUUUCGUUUAUCAGUCUUUUGGGGACAACUUCAGGAUCUGUUACAUUACGUGACUUUCAGUUUUAUAUUUGUCAUAAUUUAUCUAAGAGGACACGAUUGAUGGGACACUUCGAUCGUGGGUGGGCUCUGUGUGUUGAUGUGAGCUGACAAGCAAUGAAUGCUCAUCUGAAGGCAUAUAAUACAACAAGGAAUA